GAUCAAACUAAGGCUGACUCCUAGGUCUUUGAUGGAGCAGCCAGGUGCCUAGGAAGGACUAUGGGAAAAAUAGGCUUUGAGAGGAUUAAAAGAAUUUUGUUUUGAUAGUAUUAAAUGUGAAAUAGCUAUUUCCAUCCAAGUGAAAAUGUCAACUAGGCAGCGAGAAACAUGAGCCUGGUGUUCACAAAAGAAGUCUAGACUGGAGAUUCAAGCUCGGAGGACAUCAGUAUACAGACUUUGUGACGCACGGGAACACAGCCCAGGGCUCAGCUGAGUUCCAGGAGUUUUAUUGACUCCACUCAGGUAGCCCAGGUGUGUAACUCCUCUGAUUCCCUGAGGAAUGGUCUAGCCCUCCCUCUCUACUUUAAGGAUGUUGAGGAGUAAUCGUGGACACAAUCCAAAAAGACAACACAAAAUGUACUCCAUGGGCGCUGGCCAUGUCUGGCACUGCUCUGAUGAGUUACAACUCCUUUGAUGGAAGACGCUUAGGAGCAGCAGAAUCAAGUUGGCCAAAAGCUCUUUGACACGCCUCCCAUCAAGAGGUGGAGUCUGUCGCCCUAACCUUGAAACUCUUCAGGCUGUACGGCUGCACUGACAGAAUAGAGCAGAAGCUUAGAAGUGGUGCUGGGCCAGUUUCCAGGCCUGGUCUUAAGAGACUGGCCCCUUUUCCUUCCUGUCUCCCGGAACACUUGCCUUUGCGGCCCUGGGACACGUGUAAGAAGUCUGACCACCCUGCUGGGGAGACUACACAGAGGGACCCUGACGCUGCAUGGAGGACAGAGGAGGCCAGCUGAGCCCAGCAUUCUAGGCUUGUGAAUGAAACUGUCCUGUAUCCGUCAGACUAGACCAGCUGUUAGGUGAAUACCCUCUCAUGACCCCGUCUGAUGAUCCUGGGGCAGAAUUCCCAGCCCACAAAAUCAAAAGGUACCUCCAGAUCAUCAGCUACUCGGUGUAAACCAGGAGCCAACUGCCCCAGUUCACACAGUGGCAUCAGUAGACAACUGUCCCCUCUGUCUGUUACUGAAGAUUCUUCUGCUCCUAUUCUUGAACUUCAGAAUCGCGGAUCCUCUGGAGUUUGUGGACACAGAGUGGAGAGGCAGAACAGAUCAGGGGAUGAUGGAACACAGACUCAUCCUGAGAACAGCAGCCAAGAAAACAGAAUCAAGGCUCGCUGCCGGUCCUGCACGUCUGCGGUUUUGAAGGCUGUCUGGGGACUCUUGAUCAUCUUGUCAGUGUCAUCAUCUUGGGUUGGAACCACACAGAUUGUAAAAAUUACUUAUAAGAACUUCUACUGCCCAUUUUUCAUGACUUGGUUUUCAACAAACUGGAACAUUAUGUUUUUCCCAGUCUAUUAUUCUGGUCAUCUGGCCACUGCUCAAGAAAAGCAAUCUCCAAUGAAAAAAUUCAGGGAAUGCAGUCGGAUUUUUGGUGAAGAUGGCCUGACGUUGAAGCUCUUUCUUAAAAGAACUGCUCCCUUUUCUAUUCUGUGGACUUUGACUAAUUACCUGUAUUUACUGGCUUUAAAGAAGCUGACAGCCACAGAUGUCUCUGCUCUGUUCUGUUGUAACAAAGCCUUUGUCUUCUUGCUGUCGUGGAUCGUGCUGAAAGACAGGUUCAUGGGCGUGAGGAUAGUUGCCGCAAUAAUGGCGAUCACGGGCAUCGUCAUGAUGGCGUAUGCAGACAACUUCCACACUGAUUCCAUCGUUGGAGUGGCAUUUGCCGUGGGCUCAGCCUCUACUUCUGCGUUAUAUAAGGUUUUGUUUAAGAUGUUUCUUGGAAGUGCCAACUUUGGGGAAGCCGCACACUUUGUCUCCACUUUGGGUUUCUUCAAUUUGAUCUUCAUCUCCUUCACCCCGGUCAUCUUGUAUUUCACCAAGGUGGAGCACUGGUCCUCUUUUGCAGCUCUGCCGUGGGGCUAUCUCUGUGGGAUGGCAGGGCUGUGGCUGACCUUCAACAUCCUGGUGAAUGUGGGCGUGGUGCUGACGUACCCGAUCCUCAUCUCCAUUGGGACAGUGCUCAGCGUUCCUGGAAACGCAGCUGUGGAUCUCCUGAAGCAGGAGGUGAUAUUCAAUGUUGUCCGCCUGGCUGCUACCAUCAUCAUCUGCAUUGGGUUUCUGCUGAUGCUAUUGCCUGAGGAGUGGGAUGAAAUUACCCUGAGAUUCAUCAACAGCCUGAAGGAGAAGAAGAAUGAGGAGCAUGUGGAUGACAUCACUGAUUCCAGCGUACACCUGCGAAGCAGGAGCAGGGCCAAUGGGACAGUGUCUAUCCCACUGGCUUAAAGAGGACACAUUUUGAAUGCACGUGUAUGUAUAUUCUGUGAAUAUAAUAAAAUUUUCUCGCUACCAGUACACUCAAAUGACAGUAUUAACUCUGAAUUUGGAUAAGUCAUAUGUGAAAUAACGCCAAAAUAAAAGUUUACAUUUCUAUGCUUAUCAAGGAACUGGUGUAAAUAAUCAUAAUAAAUUUUUUUAUUAAAACA